GUUAAAAUACAAUUCACACAUUUAAUAUUUUUGUUUCGUUAAAAAAUUGUUAACGUAAAUAAAACAAAGGAUGGGUUGCGGAGAUUACUCACCGGAAAGUUGUGCCACUUUCUAUACACUAUGGUGCGUCAUAUUUGGUGUUCUUGGAGUUAUCGCGGGAGCGAUUAUUAUGCAGCAAAAGACUAACUCUAUCGAAGGGCCGAAUUCAGUAGAUAUUAAUAUUAAGGGUAUUGGUAUUAUGUAUUUGUGCUUUGCCUUAACCUAUCUGCUCGCAGGGAUUUUUAUGACGUAUGGCCAUAAAUAUAACGCCAAAGGAGUCUUUAAGGCUGGAAAAGUCUUAAGCUAUUUUUUUCCAAUCGUGAACACUCCAGCAAUAUUUCCCGUCGGUGGAGUGCCUGGUGCCUUGCAUGCGAGCUGCUCCAAUCUGGGAAUCGAAGCCAUUACAAUCGGAGGUCGUGUCUGUUCAAUUGGAGUUGUCGUAAACGCGAGUUGGCAUUAAGGUCUGCUCCCCACCGCCGAGGAGGGCAACUUGAGCAAAUGCAAAUAUCAUAAUUUCCGACAGCACAUCUGCAGAAAGUAUCAAACGAAGGGAGGGGAAUCGGCCACAAAUGGAGUCCCGCCUCCGGAUCCACCUCCAGAUCCACCUGCACAUCCAAAAGCCAGGCCACCGUUACGAGGGCAGGACAAAUAAAAUUGUUUCGUCACGCCACCGCGAAGGUUGCCAGCCGCUGUCGAAAUGAGGCUGGCACACGCAAGACCUGGCUAAACCACCAACCGCCAACCACCUCCUGGAACCACCCACACUGUUCCCACACCCAAAGAACCCAAACUUCCUUCACGUGCU